GCGAACAAUAGCCUUUUGUUCUAUGUUUUUGUCCGACAACGCGCUAGAGCCCAGACUUCCGUAAGUGCAAUACGAUAUCACUUCUCAGGCCAAUGUGUUCUUUCAUAGAUUUGUAAUGUCGACCGCCUAGUCAUUUUGAUUCGAUAUGCCAGGAGCUAACUGUGCAAUUUUUAAUUGUGGAGCAUGCAGAACACCGAAAUACAAAGGUAUAUCAAUUAUCAAAGUCCCUACUGCUGUAGAUGAAACAACGAAGAAGUGGAGAAGCGAGAUUUUAAAUGUGAUUACCCGGGACAGGGUUGUCGAUGCAAACCUGAGAAAGCAAAUUGAAGAAGAUCGUGUAUACAUCUGCGAGCAACACUUUCACCAGGAGGAAUUGUACCAAUAUAAUAAUCGAAAAACACUGAAAGAAGGUGUCAUUCCACAUCUGCUGCUGCCAAAAAAAAGUAUCACCACAAAAACACCCACUGCUGCUAGACGUUCAAGUGAUCAUAUAGCAAAAAGAGAACACGCAACAGCUGCAGAUUUAUCAAUACAAACAAAAUCAUGCUACAAAGACUUUGCAGAGUUUAUCAAAAGAAUCAGGACAUUGAAACUGGAUGUAAUCAUUAAAGAAUUACCAAAUGCAUGUCUUAUCACAAAAAAUGGUGGUGAAUAUGCUAUACCAAAAUUUGAAAUAAAUGUGGAUAAAGAUUUAACCUUCUUCAUUCGAGUAUUUUGCUGGUUGUUGCCCAAAAACAAUCAUAUAAUAGAGAGUUGCAAAGGAAGCAUGAAAAAUGUUACUCUUACUGUACUGAUAAAGGAAAUUGAGAACUCUAUUCUCUGCCCUGGUCUUGACUUGACUGUUCUAACCCAGGAAGGUUCAAAAAGUGAUGUGAAAAUGCAUAUGGUGCCAAAGAUUCCUUCUACUUUUACAGAACACAGUCAGCCACUAUUGCAGGAUGAAUUUAUGCGUGCUAUUGGGUGUCACAUUUUACUGGAUGAAACUUCUCCAGUUCCCUGCAGUGAAUGUAAAACAAAAUUUCAAUAUGAGAUGAAGCUGUUAAACAGAAAGCAAAACCUCACAAACACUCCUGCAAAACUGAAAGCACCAUUGUCAGCAACAAAUCCACAGCGCAUAAUAUUAGCACUACAGGAAAACCGUUUGCAAUGUAAGCAGCUGCAAGUUAGAUUACAAGAAAUGAAAAAUGAAAUUGAAAAGUCAGCAAAACCUAUCAGCCAAGAGCUUGGUGCUGACUUAAAAUCACUGUUCAGUACUUGUGAUCAGAGGAAAAUUCCUCCUUUCAUGAAAUUGUUCUGGGAAGAACAGCAAAAAUACCUUCAGCAACCAUUAGCUCAGGUGCGAUAUCAUCCAAUGGUUAUCAAGUUUUGCCUGGCAUUGGCUGCAAAGUCCACUUCAAUGUACUGUGAGAUUCGUCUAAAUGAAAAGGAAGGGACAGGUAUUUUGGUUCUGCCAAGUCUUCGCACUUUACGUGAUUAUCGUAAUCACAUCAGACCAACAAGAGGAUUCAAUGCUCAAAUAGUUGCUGAUUUACAAAAGAAAACAGCAGGUUUCAGUCCUGUAGAAAGAUAUAUUGUAAUCAGUUUUGAUGAAAUGAAGAUUCAGGAAGACCUGGUAUGGGAUAAAAAUACAGGUGAAUUGAUUGGCUUUGUGGACCUUGGUGAUACUGAAGUGAACUAUGGAACACUAGCUAAGGCUCAAGAACUUGCUAGUCAUGUCCUUGUGUUUCUUGUCAAAUCGAUAGUGAAUCCUCUGUCAUACAGUUUUGCUACCUUUGCUACCAAAGGUGCAAGUGCUUUUCAGCUCUUUCCUUUAUUUUGGCGAGCUGUGGCCAUCUUAGAAGGCACUUGUUCCCUUCAAGUUGUUGCAACUGUGUCAGAUGGUGCCUCAUCAAAUAGAGCAUUUUUCAGGAUGCAUAGAGGGAUGGAUGGUGAAGCUGGAAAAGGAGUUGUGUAUCGGUCUGUGAACAUUUUCUCCCCAGACAGAUUUGUCUACUUUUUUUCAGAUGCACCACACCUCAUGAAAACAGCCAGAAAUAAUCUUGCAAAGUCAAAUUGCGCUAAUGCUUCCAGGCUAUUGUGGAACAAUGGUUGUUAUUUGCUGUGGAGUCACAUACAUGAAAUUUACCAAGAAGACCUCGAGUGUGGAUUGAAGCUACUACCAAAGCUCAGCAAUGAUCAUGUAAGUCUUACUCCGUACUCAGCAAUGCGCGUUCAUCUUGCUGUACAAGUUUUAAGUUCAAGCAUGGCUAAGGUUUUGCAUGAAUAUGGGGCAAAAGAAGCAAAAGGCACAUCUGAUUUUUGUGAGAAAAUGGAUAUGUUUUUCGAUUGUAUGAAUGUGAGAAAUACAGUAGAGUACAAGCAUAAGCAGAAGCCAUUCCUGGCACCAUUUGAAUCACUGCAAGACCCAAGGUUUGUUUGGUUGAAAGAUGAGUUCCUUAAGUAUUUUCAGAACUGGCAACAAUCAAUAGAAGAAAGAGAAAGUGACUUCACAAAAGCGAACAAGCAAGCUAUGUUUUUAUCAGGCCAAACCUAUGAAGGUCUUCAGAUCACCACAUAUUCAAUAAUUGAGGUUGUCAAGUAUCUUUUGGAGGCUGGUGUGGAAUAUGUGUUGACAGAACGUUUUUGUCAAGAUGAUCUAGAAAAUUAUUUUGGUAAACAACGAGCUAUAGGUUGCAGAAGAGAUAAUCCAAACCUUUACAGUGUUGGAUACAAUGAUAAUAUUAUCAAAUCUCAGUUCAGUGUUGUUCCAAUAUCCGGAAAUGUUAGAUCCAAAGGAGACAAGUGGAAUAUAAUUUCAGAAGAGCCAUUGACAAAGCGUAAAAAGUGUGCAAAAAGUGACUUAUAGAUCAUAAAGCAAGUUGGUGUUGUGGAUGUUCUGUUUUGUUAUUUUUCAUUUUUAUAGUAGUAAAUACAAGUUAAGAGCAAGCAUACAGCAUGAUAACAUCAAACAACUAAUGCAAAUGUUGAAUUAUGUACCAAUAAGUUAUAAAACGUUUUACAAAUAACAUUAUACAGAUAUGCUAAAAGACAUCUUCCCAAACGAUUCAUGUUAUUCAAAAGACAAGGAUGUUAAAUUAGCCAUUGAUGUAAGACUGCCCUUAUCCUCUUGGCUCAUUGAAAAAUAAAAUUUCAUCACACAGAUCAAGGGGUGGAAUCUUGAAUAAUAAUAUUUUUUCUUCGACCAGAAUCAGGAACAUUAAUUAGAAUUUGAAAAACCUGUAUGCAUGUCUUGAAGAGGCAAAAUUGAUUAAGGGAAUAUAAGAUUUUAUAAUAUUAAUAUGUCUAUGCUCAAGUAAUGAACAUCCUCCUAGCCCUUCAUAAAUUCAGAGGGAUGUUAUAAAACUUUCAACAUCCGGGGUUAGCUUGCAAGCCAACAUAUUUACCAAUAAUUAUUGAUCAGGUUAUCAAAAAACUUUAUCAAAAUAAUAAUUAACCAGGUUAUCAAAAACUAUUAUACAGUAAGUACCAGCAUACAAGAAACCACUUUUUAAACUGAGGCCUCAGGAAGUUUCAUGUUAAGAGAGACUUUUCAUAUCUAAGUUUCUUAUCAAUAAGUACUGUCAAGUCAAAUUAAGUCAAUAUGACAGUACUGUCCAUGUAUGUUUAUUCAGUAUUACUGGUAGUGGUUUAUAAUAUAAAAUCUCCAGUAUAUUUUUUCAUAUCAAUAGAAUACACAGAAUAUUAUCAUCCUACAGCGUUAACAGAAGAAACUACUUGAAAAAAGAAACAUUUUAAUUUCAGGCCUAAAAUUGUUUCUUAUCAAAUGAGCCUCCUUUUGAAGAAAAUGAGGCCUGUUUCUUAUAAAAGGGGGUUUCCUAUAUGCAGGUACUUGCUGUACAAUAAAACUCAGUGUCCUAAAUCUUUACUUAAACUUGCUUGUUUUAUCUCAGUUCUUAAAGGGCGUUUUUUUGUUGAUAUCUUUCUUUCUUUAUGUUUUUCCUUUAUUUCCUUUGCUAAGGAGUGUGAACGAACCCGUAUGAAGAGAUGAAUAACAUGUUCAAA